CUCCGCCAGGCCUGCUGGCUCCACCCUGGGCCCAUCAUGGGAGGAUGCUUCUCCAAACCCAAACCAGUUGAGGUAAAAGUGGAGCUAACCCUCCUGGAGAAAGAAAAGGAAGUGGACGUGAUGUCACCAAACGGAAAGGCGAGCCCGUUCUCUGACUGCCGACCCAACGGGGCGCUGGGGCACAGCUCCGAUGAGGACUCCUCCGCCCGGCUCUACCACAAACCUCGUGACUACGUGGAGGCCUCUGUCUGUCACGUCAAAGACCUGGAGAACGGACAGAUGCGAGAGGUGGACCUGGGCACUGGCAGAGCUCUGCUGAUUAAAGAGCACGGAGAGUUCUCUGCCAUCGGUCACAAGUGCCCACACUACGGUGCACCUCUCGUCAAAGGUGUCUUGUCUAAAGGGCAUGUUCGCUGCCCCUGGCACGGAGCGUGUUUCAACAUCGCUACGGGAGACAUUGAGGACUUUCCCGGACUGGACAGUCUGCCCACCUUCCAGGUCAGAGUUGAAAAGGACAAGGUGAUCAUUCGAGCGAACAAGCAGGAUCUACAGUCCCAGAAGAGGUCAAAGGUCAUGUCGCGGUGUUCAGCAGUCAUCAACUCCAGCACAGGAUUCAGCCACAUCCUCAUCAUCGGGUCAGGUCCGGCUGCUCUGGUGUGCGCCGAGACGCUGAGACAGGAAGGCUUUACCGACCGCAUCGUCAUGGCGACCAUGGACAAACACCCGCCCUACGACAGGACUAAACUGAGUAAGUCCUUGGAGAGCACGGCGGAGCAGCUGAUCCUGCGCUCGGUCGACUUCCUCCAGAGCCACGACGUGGAGCUGCUGACCGAGAAGGAGGCGGUGGCUGUGGACGUGAAAACGAGGACGGUCACGUUUCAGGACGGCCUCAAGAUGGAGUACAGGAAGCUGUUCGUGGCCACAGGAAGCAGACCGAAGCCCAUGAACUACAUAGGCAAGGAUGUCGGGAACGUGUUUUACCUCAGGACCCCUGAAGAUGCUAACAGCAUAGCCACUCUCGCCAACAACAAGAAUGCAGUUAUAGUGGGAACCUCAUUUGUUGGCAUGGAGGUGGCGGCAGCGCUAACAGACAAGGCCCACUCCGUCUCCAUCAUUGGGAUGCAAGCCAUCCCCUUCCGGAAAGCUUUUGGGGAGAAAGUAGGGAAAGCCAUUAUGAAGCUGUUUGAGACGAACAGGGUGAAGUUCUACAUGCUGAACGAAGUUUCAGAGAUGCGGGGUCAUCAUGGACAGCUGAAGGAGGUGGUUCUCAAGAGCGGGAAGGUGCUGAGGGCAGACGUGUGUGUCAUCGGCACAGGGUCUGGCCCGGCCACGGCGUUCCUGAAGCAGAGCGGAGUUCACAUGGACUCAAAGGGCUUCAUCACAGUCAACAAGAUGAUGCAGACCAACGUGGAAGGUGUGUACGCCGGAGGAGACGUGGUGACGUUUCCUCUGCUUCAGCGCGGCAACAAGAAGGUGAACAUCCCUCACUGGCAGAUGGCCCAUGUUCAUGGGAGAGUGGCAGCCCUCAGCAUGAUGGGGAAAGCCACUGAGAUUCAAACGGUGCCUUAUUUCUGGUCGGCCAUGUUUGGGAAAAGCUUACGCUAUGCAGGGUAUGGGGAGGGCUUUGAUGAUGUCGUCAUCCAGGGGGAUCUGGAGGAGUUGAGGUUCGUGGCGUUUUAUACCAAGAGUGAGGAGGUGGUGGCCGUGGCCAGCAUGAACUAUGACCCUAUUGUGUCCCGUGUGGCGGAGGUCUUAGGGUCGGGAAAGACGAUUAGGAAGAGAGAUGUGGAGUAUUUCGUCCUGGUUUGUAGGACAGGCGACAUGUCUUGGCUGAUAAACAAAGACUCCCAGUGAUGACCCCCAUGGCCACAGCCCUCUCUGUGUCCCUGGAGUCUGCAGGACACUGAACUAUAGACCC